AUAUCCCAAAAAUACCUUUUUCUCUCUCUUUCUCUCUCUCGAAGGGGACGCCCUAAUUUUUUAGUAUCUUUCACACUCCCAGUCCCGAACUCAUUUGGCUCUUGUUGCUGCAGAGAAGAUGGAUCCCUUGAGCAGUCUACCGGACGAAAUUCUUACUCAUAUACUGUCCUUGCUUACCACAAAGGAGGCUGCUUCGACAUCGAUUCUCUCAAAGAGGUGGCGCAAUCUUGUAGCAUUUGUCCCCAAUCUCGACAUUGAUGACUCAGUCUUUCUUCAUCCGGAAGAUGGUAAGCGGGAAAGAGACGGAGUUCUGGAGAGCUUCAUGGAUUUCGUUGAUCGCGUAUUGGAUUUGCAGGGUGAUUCUCCCAUCACCAAGUUCUCCCUCAAGUGCAGAGAAGGCGUUGAUUCUGAUCGUGUAGAUAGUUGGAUAGUUAAAGCGCUGCAGCGUGGUGUUUCGGAGCUUGAUCUUUCCAUCGAUUUCCCCUAUUAUUACUAUUAUACUCUUCCUUCCGAGUUGUUCGUCAGUAGUACACUAGUGAAGCUGAAAGUGACAAGCGUCUAUGAUGUUCAUUGGUGGGGCUGUAUAGACGCUUUCUUUCCAAUGCUCAAAAGUCUUCGUAUUUACGCGGAGAAUUUCUUCGACGACAAGAUUGAGGACCUUCUUCUUUGUUUCCCUGUGCUCGAGGAUUUACAAAUUGCUAAUAUGGAACGGGCGAAUUUGGAUGUAACCGUGUCAAGUGCAACCCUCAGAAAGCUAGUUUUGAGCGUCUUCGGCUCCAGGUCCUAUCGAAAUCCAAAGAGCAUUUGUUUUGAUACUCCAAAUCUGCUUUCCUUCACCUACUUGGAGAUGAUAGAAGAGUACAACAACUCAUAUAGUUGCAAUGUCCGGGUCCUGAUGAGUGAUUACUUAGUCAAGAAGUGGACCAGACAAUGUAGUCUCUGUCUCUGA